UGUAUGAGUGAAGAUUUAUUUUACAGGAUUUUACUUGGAACAACAAGCUAUAUAUAUACACGCUCUUGCGGCGAUACGGUGGCACAGAACUAUUGUUGCUAAAUCUAACAUACUACAAGUCCAGUCUAUUUUAUAAAUGUGAUUCCAAUUGCUUAAAGUAUUUACCGGUAAGAUACGAAACAUGGAAAAAGAUUCUACGAGCGUAAUUUCGAUCGAAUCGGACGAGGAGAUGGAUACUGUUGCAGAGCCGGAAGCGCCUAGUUCGUCUCUUAACGAGAAGAAAACAGAGAAUGAAGUACCGAACGAUGUGGAAAAUGCUUCUAAUGCUCCGAAAAGUCCAGUUAACAACGCUACUAACGAUGAAUCUGCAAAAGAAUACGAUGUCAUAUGCCUAGAUGAUGAUGAGAAGGAACCUACUGAAAGUUGUGAAGAAAAAUCUGCCGAAAGCUUGUCAGCUAUCAAAGCAUCAGCUUCAGAGAUGAACGUACCAAAACCACCGUCAGAAAGCAUGGAAAAUGAGGAUACCAAAAUGAUGGAAAUCACACAGGACGCCGAAGACAAAAAUUGUCAGAAAAUUGAUCCACCGCCGGAGCAAAAAGUAGUAGAGCCAAACGUGGUAGAAUCCAAUAUUAUAAGCGUUGAUGAUGAGAAGGAAGUACCAACUGACAGUUGCAAGGAAAAAUCUGCCGAAAGCUUAUCAGCUAUCGCGGCAUCAGCUGCAGAGACGAACGUACCAAAACCGCCAACUGCCAAGAUGGAAAUGGACGAUACUAAAAUGAUGGAAAUCACACAGGACGCCGAAGUCAAAAAUUGUCAGCAAAUCGAUCCACCGCCGGAGCAAAAGAUGGAGGAAAUGAAAGACGUUCAACCAAAAGCCAUGUUAGAUAUUGACAAAACCGAACCUACGAUUGACAGUGCUAACCAUCCGAGCGAUGAAACAGAAAAACCACAGUUGUCUAAUGAAAACGAUAGCGAACAAGAUCUGGUAAACAGAAAGCGGCGUAUUCAGAAGUGUAGUAAUACAUCGUGUGCAAAGAAGGAUUUCACGUUCAUCGAUGCUCCAGUAUUUGCGCAAAAUCUCUAUAAAAUCCCACCGAACAAACAGGCGAAACUCAUAUGUUCCGAUUGCUUCGAAUUUUCUGUUAUACACUACGAGUCCCUGUGCACCUCGCUAGUGAAAGAAGAAUCUCUGUACAAAAAAGAACUCCUGCAAGACAAGAUCGAAGAGAUACACACGGUGUUGGAUAGCAGCGAUGAAGAAAGUGACGAGACAGCAGAAUCUGAACCAAAUGUGGUCGAACCCGCGCUACCAGAAGAUGCUCAAUCUUUGAUCAACACGAAUCUGAACGAUAUUGUUGAAUCGUUGUGGCAAAAGUUCGGCGAAACACAUUUGUCACUGUAUAAUGCGGACAUGCUUCGUGAAGCUCGGGAAAAUGAAGAAAAAUCGAAACGCAUCGAUGAACAACUCAAAACACUGAAGACAGAACUGCAAUCGAUACAUGAAAAUAUCUAUAGCGUUCGAACGACCAAGAUCGAUCAAGAGGAACUCAUCAUAGAAGACGAUGCAAUGAGUGAGCGAAUCGCUUAUUUGCGAUUGCUGCGUAUGCUGAAUGCGAACGAACCGCUUGUCAGGGAACCGGUGAAAGUUAACGAAACGUAUUACGGCGUAUGCACCUCGAUACUGACCAGCUGGGUUAAGUGUAAGGUUCUGGAACUGUGUGAAAAUCAUGUUUACACGGUGCGGUUCACUACGGGCCAGAUGCAGCAGUCAGUUCUUACGGCGAAACAUCUCGCUUAUACGGUAGCGCCGCAAGUGAAACUAAGGCUAGGCACACGCAUAAUUGCCAAGGUUAGUUCCGGUGUCGGUGAUGAAGCGAGUCGCUCGUUCUACGCAGGCACCGUACUUGAAUCAAUAAGCGCAUACAAUAAAUUCCGAUACCUCAUCAUCUUCGACUCUGGCCAUACACUGUACGCACCACUGUCGGAUGUACGAGUCGUGUGCGAACAGUCGAACAACAUCUGGGACGAUGUGCAUCCGCACUCGAAAGAGUUCAUACGAAACUACAUGCUAACGUGCGGCUCGAUGCGGCCGAUGGUGCAGGCACAUCGUGGUCAGCGGAUGUCAGUGGAAAUCAACCAAAAGUGGUACCAGGGCAAGGUGCUGGAAACGGACAGUAGCUUGUUCCGGCUGUACUUUCAGGAGCUUGACAAAUACGAGUGGAUUUAUCGCGGUUCGAAGCGGCUUGGUCCACUGUAUUCGAAGGGUAUGCCAAACAAUAAAUUUUCAAAGUUCCAGCGACGAAACGAACCUUCCAUCGAGUACAUUACAAUAGAGGACGAUGAGAAUGAGCAGCCGGAGGAAAAAGUUCCUUCGCACAGCAUGAAAAAUGAACCGCAGGACACGCAAAAUCGUCCGACCGCUAGAAAGAGCACGAUGCAGCGUCUCAAUAACAACAAAACAACCAAUAAUAACGAUAGCAGCAGCGGCAACAGCAACAACAACAAUAAUGCCCGCGUCAUUUCCCUGAACCAAAAACCCAUCUACAUUGAUAUGGACAAGGACCGAAGCCAUGGGAAAACGUUAACCUUCAACACGGAUAAGUAUCGUGGUCCACAGCGGUUCGUUACGCACAGGUGCAAUCCCAACUGUCUGUACAAAAUGCCCGGUAACAUACACACGUACAACUUGCUGGCCAGACCGUUGGUAACGGGAUGGGAACGUCAUAUCUGCUAUAUGCGAGGUACAAAGAAAGCCUCCGUAAUCAUGUACCGUGCACCAUGCGGGCGUCGUUUACGCGAUAUGCAGGAGGUGCAUCGCUAUCUGCGUUUAACGAAUUGCAGCCUCAACGUGGAACAUUUCGAUUUCGAAACGGAUGUACGAGCACUGGCAACGUUCAAAGCUGAGAAUUUCUUGUUCGAAUGCAAGGAUCUCUCCUUCGGGGUGGAGGUAAUGCCGGUGCACUGCGUGAACAACUACGACAAUAUGCAGCCGCCCCCUUGCGAAUACUCAACCGAGCGCAAAACUACCCCGGGCGUAACUCUCACCCUCGACAAGGAGUUCCUGUGCGGUUGCGACUGCGAGGACGAUUGUUUGGACAAGAGCAAAUGUCAGUGCUGGCAGCUGACGAUACAGGGUGUCCGGUACACCACUCCGUACGUAGACAUCAACAACGUUGGGUACGUGUACAAGCGGCUGAUGGAUCAAAUCCAUACCGGGAUCUACGAGUGUAACGAACAGUGCAAAUGCAAAAAGGACAAAUGUUUGAACCGCGUGGUGCAGCAUCCACUGCAGAUGAAGCUGGAAGUUUUCAACACUAACAACAAGGGUUGGGGCAUCCGGUGCAUUAACGAUGUGCCCAAGGGUAGCUUCAUCUGCAUCUACGCUGGCGAGCUGCUAACCGAUGAUUACAGCACGUUUCUAUGUGAAACUGACGAGAACAAAACGGGCGAUGAGUACUUUGCCGAUCUCGACUACAUUGAAACCGCAAUCAAGACAAAAGAAAACUACGAAUCGGAGGCUUACCAAUCCGCUGGCGAGGAAAAUCCACCGUCGGAUGAAUCGGAGAUUGAGUUGGAAAAGGAAAAGUUUGAAUCCGCCCAAGACUCCGAUGAGGAGUACACCUCCAAGACGGUGCCCAGUGCAAUGGCCGUUAAGACAAGGGCACAAUCAAAAAAGGCAAGCACGACGGAACGAUCCGCCAAAGCGCCCAUCAUUGGUGUGAACGAUGAACAAGAGUGCGUAAAUCUCAUACCUAAUCCUGAAAUGAAACCUGCAGACAAAUCUGGACCAAACUCGGAAUCGGCGUUCCGUAAAUUGUACGGCGACAAUCAAGAUAUCUUCAUCAUGGAUGCGAAAAAACAGGGUAAUCUUGGACGAUACUUUAACCAUUCGUGUGCUCCCAAUCUCUUCGUGCAGAACGUGUUCGUCGAUACGCAUGAUUUACGGUUUCCUUGGGUUGCAUUCUUUGCCUCUAAAAAUAUUAAAGCCGGCACGGAACUAACGUGGAACUAUAACUACGAUGUGGGCUCUGUCAACGGCAAGGUUCUAAACUGUACCUGUGGUGAAAAGGUUUGCAAGGGUCGGUUGCUGUAAACUUAAUCGUCUGUAUGUAAAACAUAACGAAUGAUAGUAGAAGUAGUUACAAAUUCGUUGCCAGAGAAAGAGAGAGAGAGAGAGAUCGAAAUAUACAGGCAUCUUGUCUUGUUACCGUAU